GUAGGAAACGACACGCAGCGAAGUUAUUCCAUCAUCCCGUGUUUUAUAUUCGUCGAGGUUCAGAUGGCCACAGAAGGAAGCUCUGUAGCUCUUGGAUUUGUAUGUGCUGAGUUCAAGUGAUCAACAAAGACACACACAGCUUGUCAUCAUGGCCGGGACAGUGCUGCUUGCCUACUACUUCGAAUGCACUGACACUUUUCAGGUGCAUAUCCAAGGAUUCUUCUGUCAGGACGGAGACUUAAUGAAGCCUUACCCGGGGACAGAGGAAGAGAGCUUCAUCACCCCUCUGGUGCUCUAUUGUGUGCUGGCUGCCACCCCAACUGCUAUUAUUUUUAUUGGUGAGAUAUCCAUGUAUUUCAUAAAGUCAACCCGAGAAUCUCUGAUUGCCCAGGAGAAAACAAUUUUAACCGGAGAAUGCUGUUACCUGAACCCCUUACUCCGAAGGAUCGUAAGAUUCAUAGGAGUAUUUGCGUUUGGGCUUUUUGCUACUGACAUUUUUGUAAACGCUGGACAAGUAGUCACUGGGCACCUGACGCCAUACUUCUUGACGGUGUGCAAGCCCAACUACACCAGUGCGGACUGCCGGGCCCACCAGCAGUUCAUAAACAAUGGGAACAUUUGUACUGGGGACCUGGAAGUGAUCGAAAAGGCUCGGAGAUCCUUUCCCUCCAAGCACGCCGCUCUGAGCGUUUACUCCGCCUUAUAUGCCACGAUGUACAUCACAAGCACAAUCAAGACGAAGAGCAGUCGACUGGCCAAGCCAGUGCUGUGCCUCGGGACCCUCUGCAUGGCCUUCCUGACGGGCCUCAACCGGGUCUCCGAGUAUAGGAACCACUGCUCCGAUGUGAUCGCAGGCUUCAUCCUGGGCACUGCUGUGGCCCUGUUUCUGGGAAUGUGUGUGGUCCAUAACUUUAAAGGAACACAAGGAUCUCCUUCCAAACCCAAACCCGAGGAUCCCCGUGGAGUACCCCUAAUGGCUUUCCCAAGGAUAGAGAGCCCUCUGGAAACCUUAAGCGCACAGAAUCACUCCGCUUCCAUGACCGAAGUCACCUGAGAUGGCUGAUGCGUCGCAAGCUGUUUUUUUUUUUUAAUCACCCUCCAAUUCGAUACUUCAAGACACACAGUUACUGGAUGUCAAACUGUGAAGACAAGUAUUAUGUUUAUCUAGUUAGAGGCUAAUGUUUUGUACAUUUUUGUAUGAAGAAGUGAUGUAGCUUGCCCUGACUUUUUUUUUUCUUUUGGUCAGCUUUAAUAUAUUUAUGCCAGAAUUUCAAACCAACAAAAUUCUCUUCUUGUUCAAGUGUGCAUUGAAGAACCACAUUUAUUCAAUGAUUAAUGUUGUUUUGUGAUAUUUGUACACAAACCUUUUCUCAGUUUUAUAGACACAGAGAUAAAAUUAAUAUUAACAAUUCACUUUAACCUUUUAUUACCACAGUUGCUGCCUCCUCCAGAAUUUUUGAAUAUUAAUGAAAGUUAACUUUUGAGUUGCAGGGAGGACAAUGUUGGUUAAUGGCAAAUCUCAAAAUCAAUUGUACAGGAAGAAAUAUUACUUUCAUAAAUAACUUUGUCUUCUGAUCUAACCUGUCAUUGCAUUCUAAGUUAAAGGAAUAUAUUAAUGAAGUCACCUAGUUACACAAGCAGUUGGAAGAAAAUCCUAAAUUUGAGGGGUAUUGGAUUAUAGGAUUCUUUCUCAGACGGUGGUCUCUCCCGUCUAAGAAACUCAAGAUGAUUCUGGAACUAUGUCCUUGGUCAGGCAGGUCACACUGCAGCCUUCUUUCCAAAAAGCAGCCAGCACCAGCCUCCCCUGUCAACUCAACAGUUUUGUAUAUCAUAUUGAAUGGACUUUAUAUGAAAAUGAAUAUUUUACAGUUUGCACAGUGUUAUUUUACAGAAAGGGUAUCUAAGCAUCUACAGCUCAGAGCCCAGAGCCACAGCUUGACUUUGUGGCUUUUAAUUGUUCUAGAAUUUUAACUGCAUCUCAUUUUUCUAGCAUGGUGAUAACCGACGUGUAACUCCUCGAUGAAAGGAGCUCCCUUGUCUGUACCUAUCCGAAUGUUUUCUUGACACUUCCAUGUUGGCUCUUCUUACCUUUUUUUGUACAUAUUUUUUUUCUAAAGAGAAGGAAAAAAAGUUAUCACAAAAUGUA